CUUUUGCUUUCUUAGUCAAGUAACCAAAAUGUCCAGUUAGAACAAGAAUUUAGCAUCCUGCAAAAGAAGUAACAGCUGAGAGGAAACUGUGAAAUGGAUCCCAAAUAUUUCAUCCUAAUUUUCUUUUGUGGAUACCUGAAUGAUACAGUUUUCUCAGAAGUGGAGGCCAGUACCACAGAGAUGCAGCCACCAUCUACUUUAUUUAAUAAAUCAUUGGUGUCUUCUGUCUCAGCAAAUUCUCAAAACUCAAAGAAGAAUUCCUUGGACCAACCAACACAAUCCAACAAUGUUUCUUCUGGACAAAAAGUAUCACCUACCAAAGCCACUGCUGGACAAACAUUGGUCAAUAACACCACAAAACAACCAAAAACAACUGCCAAUACCUCUUCCCAACAGACAGCAUUAUCUGUGUUCACCUCUGCCAGACUACUACCAUCAUCUGGGCAUACUUCCACCAAAGAACUACCCCAGCCUGUCUAUACUUCUCCUCAACAACAACGAUCUGUUCACACCUCUGUUAGAAAACCAACAACAAAUAAAAAUCUAUCUACACAAGCAACACCAACUACCAACAUUUCAGCUAGGCGUAUACCAGAGUUCUUCCUUGAAACUCCCAGUAACAAAAAAAAUACACAUAGUACCAAGUCUAAUUCAGUAGCUGCCGUGUUAAUUGGUAUAAUUCUGACUUCUAUGUUAAUAGCCAUAAUGAUGAUUGUACUAUGGAAAUAUUUUAAAAGACCAGUUUUGAAUGACCAAAAUUGGGCAGGAAGGUCUCCAUUUGCUGAUGGUGAAACCCCUGACUUAUGUUUAGAUAAUAUUAGAGAAAAUGAAGUAUCUACAAAACGUACAUCAGUCAUUUCAUUGAAGGCCUUGAAACCAAGCAAAAGCACACUUUUAGCAGAUGACUUAGAAAUUAAGUUGUUUGAAUCAAGUGAAAACAUUGAAGAUUCUAACCCCAAAGCAGAAAAAAUAAAAGAUCAAGUAAAUGAUACAUCUGAGGACAGUGCUGACAGAUCGACAGUUGGUACUGCUGUUUCUUCAUCAGAUGACACAGAUCUACCUGCACCACCUCCACCCCUUCUAGAUUUGGAAGGGCAGGAGAGUAACCAAUCAGACACACCCGCAACGACAGCUACAGCUCCUCUUCCAAAUGACUGCACCAGUCUUCCACCACCUCUGAACUGUCUCACUCAAGUCUGUGAAGAUCCUAAUUCUGAAUUUGAACAGUCACUUCCACUUCCUCCUGACUCACUUAACUUACCCCUGCCACCAAUGGAUUUUAUGAAAAACCACGAAGAUUCCAACAGUGAGACUCAGUGUCAGGAGUUCUCAAUUGUUCCUGAUUUGGAUCAAGAUCUCAAUGAGUCUCUGCCACUCCCACCUGAAGAGCUGUUGUAAAUACUACUCCAUCUUAUUUUCUUUCUUCAUGUGAUAAAAUAUGCUAAAUGACAACUGGUUGCUAAUUUUGAUUAAUAAUCAGGAAUUACAUCAGAUCUGCUUCAUCAUCAUGUAUACCAUCAGAACUUAUUUUUUAAAAAGUAUAGGGCACUCCCUGGUGGCACAGUAGGUUAAAGAACAGCACAAGAAGCUAA